AUGGGAGCGAGCGGCUCGGGAAAAACCACACUCCUUGACGUUCUCUCGGACCGCAUCUCUUCGCGCAACCUCACUGGGGAGAUCUCCUUGAACGGUGCUCCGGUGAAAGGCGACACGAUCCGACGGCUGUCCGCGUACGUGAUGCAGGACGACCUGAUGUUUCCCGCGCUGACGGUGCGCGAGACGCUCAUGUACGCCGCGGAGUUGCGGCUGCCGCCGACCGUUAGCCGCGUGGAGAAGGCGGAGAAGGUGCGCCGCCUCAUCCGCCUACUGGGCCUCACCAAGGUGGAAAACUCCAAAAUCGGCGACGAAAAUAACCGCGGCAUCUCCGGCGGCGAAAGGAAGCGCGUCGCUAUUGGCGUGGAAAUGAUCGGCGAUCCCAAGAUUCUUUUUUUGGAUGAACCCACGUCGGGGCUGGACUCUACUAGCGCGUUCCGAGUCGUGAAGGUGAUUAAGAGGAUCGCGGUGCGGACGGGGAGUAUUGUGGUGAUGGUUCUGCACCAGCCGAGCUUUCGCCUUCUGGGUCUCUUGGAUCGGCUGCUGCUGCUCGGCGCAGGACGGAUGUUGUUUUUCGGGCAGCCCGCGCAGCUGCCCGAGUUCUUGUCCGCAUUCGGCUGCCCGCCGCCGCCGUUCGCGAACCCGACGGAAUUUGCUCUGGAUGUGAUCCAACGGCUGGGACACGAGACGGAGGGAGGCGCAAAGCGCGGCGACGACGUGGACGGCGAGGAUGAUGACGAGGAGGAGUAUGACAUGGAUGGUACCGAGAUUAUUAAGUGCCACGUGGCGGGGGAAGCUGCUCCGAAAAGGACAAAUGCAUCUCUGGCCAGGCAACCGGCAGGCAAUUGCUGUGAUGGUGAGAAGGAGACGGAGGGCGAGUCGAAGACGGGAAUUCCGACAGACAAGAGAGACGGAAUCCAACGGCUGGCCGACUUCUACACCGUCUGGUCACAAGGAGGCUCCAGCGGCGUUGGCGACUCGUCCCGCGGCAGUAGCGAGGGCGGCGAAAGCUUUUCCAUCCCUCCUAGCAGCCCCUCCACGUGCUUCAGCCCGGAUCAGGCUGCAGUGGCGGCAGCGACUGCAGCAGCUGUAGCUGCUAGAACUGCGGCUGCAGCGGCCGCGGCGGCGGCUGCAGUGGCCGCGGCGAACGGGAAUGAAAUGGUUACUAUCCCUACAGGCGGCUCACCAGGUGGUACUUCAGGUGCUUCGCCGGAUGCUCGAGUGGCGGAAACUUACAGCGGCGGUGGCGGCGCUGCCAGCGCGCAGAUGGGGUUCCUCGGGGAGCGCCAAAGCGCGGGUGCGGCGCAGCUACAGCCUCUCGGGGAGCGCAAUUGCGCGGGCGAGGGCGCGCAGACAGAGCACUGCGGCGAGCGCAAGUAUGCGAACGGGUGGUGGCGGGAGCUGCGCGUGCUGAUGAGCCGAUCCGUGCGCGUCAUCGCGCGCACCCCUGCGCUGUACCUGCUGCGCCUGCUGCUGAUCAUGGUCACGGGGCUGCUCAUCGCGUCGCUCUUCUGGCGCCCGCCCUUCAACGCGGAGGGGCUGCACGAGCGGCUGGCGUUCAUCUCGUUCCUCGUGUGCACGCUCUUCUUCUCCUCCGCUGAUGCUACGCCACUCUUCAUCCAGGAGCGCAACAUUUUCAUCCGGGAAACGUCGCAGCACGCGUACCGGCCGUCCACAUACAUGGUGGCGUCGACCCUGGUGUACCUGCCUCUGCACGUGCUCAUGGCCCUUGCCAUCACUGCCGAGUCCUGGUGGUGUGUCAACCUGUCCGGCGGAGGAACCUCGUUUUUCUUCGUGGUGCUCGUCUGCUUCUGCUGCCUCUUCACCGGGAACGCCUAUGCCACGUUCGUUAGUGCUGCUGUGAACAAUCAGCUCAACCAUGGCCAACUUUGCCCUCAGUCAACGUCCCUCUCCUUUCCUCUCUCCCUACCCUCCCCCUCUUCCAGUGUCAUCCUCGCCUACGCCAUAGUCAUCUCCACAAUGGCCAACUUCGCCCUCGUCUGCGGCUUCUACAUCCAGCGGCAGAGCAUCCCACCGUUCUGGAUCUGGCUGCACUACCUCUCACCAGUCAAGUACGCCUACGAGGCAGUCACCCUCAACGAGUUCGCCGCAGCCGGCCCCUCCACCUGCUACCAGCCUGCGGGGGAUCUCUUUGCCGCCACUCCUCUCUCCGUGCUCCUCUCGCCUGCUCAGGUGAAUCAGUCACUAGCUGUGCUUCGCCCCGCGCUCGCUCGGACGCCGUUUACAGAUCUGUCUGUAAGUACAUGCUUACAGACAGGGCCGGAGCUGCUGGUGUACUCGCUGGGGCUGACGCAGAUGAGCAAGUGGGAGUGUGUGGCGGUGCUGGUGGGGAUAGGGUGUGUGCUGCGGCUGCUGCACUGGCUGCUGCUGGUCAGGCUGUCUCGCACCAAGAGAGGGUGA